AUGUGGGCGCCUUUCCAUCCUGCUGAGCGAAGGCCCAUGGCCGUGGGCACCUGCCCCCCCGGGACCCUGGCUCCCUGCUCAGAGCCUCCAGGACAGCUCCCUGUGUCCAGCGCGAGGAAGCUGGGUUUGGGGGAGUGCCCUGAGCCCCCUUGCGCUGAGCUCCGGCCUGGGUACCACGGCUCCGAGCGACAGCAGCCCCAGCGACCUUGCUGCUGGGUGGAGCAUCCCGGGCAGGGGUCUCGCCUGCUCUCUCAGCCAGCUUCCCUUUGUGAUGGGGAGUCAGCUGAGCAUUUUAACUCCUCUCCAAAGUAG